AUGCCGCUAGUUACAGAAGAAAUCGAUGACAUAAUUGUCUUAAGCGAUGAAGAUAAGGAUAGAAUCUACACUUCAUGGAUAUUCUCCAUAAUCAUUAAACUCUUCAAAAAGAACCUUGCCUAUGGCUACCUGAGAACAAAACAGCUAGAUUUAUGGAAGCCAUCGGAACCCCUAAUAGUGGUGGAUCUGGGGAACGGGUACUAUAUUGCGAAAUUCACAAACCAAGAAAAUAUGCAAAGGGGACUCCAUGGUGGACCUUGGUUCAUCACAGGGGAUUUCCUCUUAGUAAGGCAUUGGGAACCAAACUUCACCCCAGAGGCGGCCAAGACUACCCACACUGCUAUAUGGGUGAGACUGCCUUCCUUACCAAUCGAAUUUUAUGACAAAUCCAUUCUAGAAAGUAUCAGCCACAAAUUAGGUACACUUCUCAAAAUUGACACAUGUACCCCAGCAGCCUUAAGAGGUCUGUAUGCGAGGAUCUACAUCCAAGUCCCACUAGAUACCCUCGUGAAGACCUAUGUCACCAUGGGAAACCAUAGACAGAAUAUAGUGUAUGAAGGAGAAGGAGUCUUAUGCAUCAGAUGCGGCAAAUUGGGGGACACACAUAAGAUCUGCCCCACUCAAGCUACCACUACCCAGAACAAACAAGAUAAGAAUGGUGCAUCUACCAGCUCAUCAGCAUUUCCCCACAACGAAUGGCAAACCAUCAACUUCAAUAAGAGAAAGACGGGCCAAAAAGUCCAACAGUUGCAGAAGACUACUGCAGAUUCAUAG